AGAGACCUUUUAUUUAGAGCCAGGGGGAAAAGUGCCAAAUCCUAAAAAACCCUAGCUCGGUCACAAAAUCAACAUAUUCCUCCUGUCAAUUGCAUUGCAUUGGCUUCUUGUCCGCCGAGCGCCGCGCUGCAAGAAUGGGAGCUUAUAAGUACGUGUCUGAGCUAUGGAGAAAGAAGCAAUCCGAUGUGAUGAGGUUUCUACAAAGAGUAAGAUGCUGGGAAUAUCGUCAGCACCCUUCAAUCGUUCGUGUUACGCAUCCCACUCGCCCAGAUAAGGCACGUCGAUUGGGCUACAAGGCCAAACAGGGUUAUGUGGUAUACCGUGUACGGGUGAGGCGUGGUGGAAGGAAGAGGCCCGUUCCUAAGGGUAUUGUAUAUGGUAAGCCUACAAAUCAGGGUGUUACCCAGCUGAAAUUCCAACGCAGCAAGCGUUCAGUUGCCGAGGAACGUGCUGGGCGUAAGUUGGGUGGUCUUAGGGUUCUCAAUUCCUACUGGAUUAAUGAGGAUUCGACAUACAAAUACUAUGAAGUGAUCUUGAUUGAUGUGGCCCAUAAUGCUGUGCGUAAUGAUCCAAGAAUAAGCUGGAUCUGCAAGCCUGUUCAUAAGCACAGGGAACUUCGUGGACUCACGUCUGCUGGGAAGAAGUACAGAGGUCUUCGUGGAAAGGGUCAUCUCCACCACAAGGCAAGACCUUCAAGAAGGGCAACAUGGAAAAGGAACAACACACUCUCACUUCGUCGUUACCGUUAAUUGCUAUGAUUUCCUUCGAAUCCAUCUCAUCUUUGUGUUUUGCACAAUUGCUUGCUUGGUUGUCAGGAGAAACUUUAGUUCUUCCCAAGUUUUCGUUUAAUUUACUGUUGGCCAGACUGAUUUUUGUAGCGUUUAAUGCGGAACUUUUUUGGUUCUUUUCUUGAGAAAAACUUUGGUCACUUAUUAGUUAUAUUUAUGUUGCAGA